AUUCUCUUCUCUUCUCUUCAUCAAAUAUCUUUUUUCUUCAUCAUCAUUUCUCACACAGCUAUUGUUUUAUCUCUUCUUUUGUUUAAAGUAACUUAGUCUAAAUCACGAGAUAUUGCAGUUUUCUGAAAAAAAAUGGAAUUUGUUAAUAGCUCUACACCAAGAUAUGACUGUCUCCUCUUUGAUUUGGAUGAUACUCUUUAUCCUUUAAGCUCUGGUUUAUCACAAGCAUGCGCCAACAACAUCAUAGAAUUUAUGGUUGAGAAGCUUGGAAUAGAUGAAGAGGGAGUCGUUGAACUAAACCAAAUUCUCUAUAAGAAAUAUGGAACUUCAAUGGCUGGUCUAAAGGCUGUAGGUUAUGAAUUCGACAACGAUGAGUACCACCGUUUUGUUCACGGAAGAUUACCUUAUGAAAACCUUAAACCGGACCCGGUUCUAAGAAAUCUCCUCCUUACUCUACCUUUGCGAAAAUUGGUUUUCUCAAAUGGAGAUGAAGUUCAUGUGACCAAGGCGCUAAAGAGGCUCGGGAUCGAAGAUUGUUUUGAGAGAAUCAUAAGUUUCGAGACCUUAAACCCUAAGAUCAACGAGACUUUAGAUUACCUUCCUGAGAUCCCGGUUAUCUGUAAACCAGCAGAGAGUGCAUUCGAGAAAGCCUUCGACAUUGUACAGCUCAAUCCUCACACAACCUUGUUCUUCGACGACAGUGUACGUAACAUCCAAACCGGAAAAGCCUUGGGUCUCCAUACAGUCCUGGUUGGUAAAUCCGAAAAAGUGGAAGGAAGUGAUCACGCGUUAAAGAGCAUUCACAACAUGAAAGAAGCAUUUCCUGAGUUAUGGUCGGAAUCCAUCAACAAAGAAUCUGAAAGAAUUGGUUAUGCCACACGGAUCUCGAUUGAAACUUAUGUGCAAGCUUAAUUAUUUAACAUGUUUAUUUUUAGUUUCUUAAAAAAGUUUACAUAUAUAUAUAUAUAUAUGUAAGUAAUUAAUGUAUAAUAAAAUAAAAGUAUCCAAGAUAUACCGUUUAUUGUUGCUGCAACGGUUGAUAUAUAUGGUCUCUAUGUAUUUGAACAACAAAAACAUGUAUUCUCUGUUUUCGUAACACUUUCGUUAAUUAGAAAAAAGUAAUUGUUAACUUUUA